AUGUUCGCAACCCUCGAUGUCGCGGCUGGAGUGCCUCAGAACCGGCAGAAGACGGCUUGCGAUCUCUGUAAACAGAAAAAGGUUCGGUGCGACAUGGCCAUCCCGUGCAAGACAUGCACAGGUCGAAACCUGGAAUGUACAUUCAACGAGGCGCGAAAGAAGAGAGGCCCUGCGUCUAGCCGCUUUGCAAAGCUGCAAAGGCGACGAUCGAAAACGAGUCCUGGAGAAAGCGUACUGGAGUUCACGACCAUGGCCCAGGGUGUCUCGUUGGUAAGCAGGAACGCUGGUCUCAGCCCUUCGAGCACCCAUGAUGAAGUCGCGAAUCAUCGGGCGAGUACAGCAUCCUCAAACGACCUUGCCAUGAUUGCCUCGAACACUUCUCCGGUUGAGUACUGGGCUUCUGCAGUAACGCCCUAUCCGCUGCCAACCACAAGUACGGGCACCAACCAUGACUGGAUUCCCAACGACGAGAUACAAGGAACUCGCGCAUUGUCAACAUCAAUACCUGUAUCACAGCAAACUCUGGACGCUCCCGAGUUCUUGCUACCAAGUCUACCCGUUGAGUCACCAACGGAUGAUACGUUCAAUCUGUUUGCCGCUAUACAGGAGCAAGAUUUAUCGCCAAUCAUAGAAGCCGUUGAGAUCUGGCCCAAGACCAUCAGUCAGGAAGCCCUUCUCCCCUGGAUCGACAUUUACUUCAAGCGCUUACAUCCAACUGUGCCUGUUCUGAGCCGGACAAUGAUAUACCAAGAGAUGCUUCUUAGGACUCAUCACCACGACCCUCAGUUCGGCGCCAUGCUCCUUGCGCUUUGUGCAUUUGCAAUGACUCAACCCGUGCAGAUUCAUGAGGUUGCGUCCACACCUUCAAGAUCUGUUCAAGCUCGAAUGCUAUUGGAAGAGUCCAUCAAGAUGAGGAUGACGGUUGACUUUGGAGAAAAUCCUUCAGUCUACAUGAUCUUGACCAGCUUUUUCAUCUUUGCUUGUCUGUUUGGAAACGGACAGCACAAGGCAGCGCAUCACCGAUUACGGGAGGCCGUUGACCUUGCUAAUUCUUUGUCCAUGCACCUGCCUCAAGCAUAUGACAGUCUGGAUCUCGAGACACGAGAGCAAUGGUUACGGACUUAUCUGGUUCUAUCAGUCACAGAAAGCCCCGCUGUGAACGCGUAUUUCAUGCGUGCCUUCGGAUCGUCCGCGUCCUCCAUGAACCAAGAUCAAACAGACACGAUCGGCAUGACAGGUCUACUCUAUCUGAUGGAAACCUUCGACGCCAUCGACGAAAGCGUUGUAGAAUGCUGGGCUGGUUACUGCAAAUACAGUGACGGUCGUUGCGAGACUUUUGAUCGACGACAAGCGAUACGAAUGUUUCGAGCUCAGCGACGAGCUCGUGAAGCCUGUCUCAUUGGCUGUCUCUCUUUCGAACCAUCAACCUCGCUUUCACCGCUGCAGCAAUUGCUCGAGAGUCAACAAGCGGAUAUUUCUGUGACUCAGUUCUGGCUGACAAACCGAUUGUGGGAACUUUGCAUGUCGCAUGGCUUGCUCCUCGACUCUUCCGACCACGCCGAACUGCGGUUCGACUUUGCAUAUCAUGUCGCGAAUGAACUGCUCUCAGUCUGUGAAUUCCUGAACCUGGCUUCGAUGGAAGUCCACGGAGUCGGCCUGAUCGAGAAAGUAUAUGAUAUUGCUAUGAGUCUGGUCAAAGCGAUGAAUUCUUCUGCGCAGAUGACACUCGACUCCAGCUUUCCCAAGCUCGAGAUCUUGACUGAUGAAUCUGCGGAUUCGCGCCCCACAGUACAAGUCCUUCUGCGACGGCUACACGAACUUAUUCACAACUUCCGGGGUGGCGACCAUGAGUAUGCAACCAAGAUUGCAAUGGUCUUGAACAAUAUACCCGAAUACAAUGCUCCGGUGCAAGAAAGCGAACAACUCUUGGCUACAUCUCGG